AUGUAUGGCCUGUAUUUGGAAGCAGUGAAUGAUUACAUUAAUGAAUCAUAUGGAGAGGACGUAUGGAGGCUAAUCGAGGCCAGAGCAGAGAUCCCGCACCUCAAAUUUGUUCGACACCAGAUGUACAAUGAUAAUCUGAUCCUAAGAUUGGCAAAGGCAGCUGGAGAGGUUUUGGGAAAGACUCACGAUGAGCUGAUGUACGCUUUCGGGGUCUACAUGGUCAAGCGGAUAGGAAACUAUGGCUAUGAGAGGAUCUUAAAGGUACUGGGGCGCAAUGUACGAGAUUUCAUCAAUGAGCUUGAUAACCUGCAUGAGUACUUCCGUUUCUCCUUCCCAAAAGUCCAGCCACCCAGUUUCUGUGUAGAGGAAGAAUGUGAGACGAGUCUUACCCUGCACUACCGUUCAACCAGGAAAGGAUUCACACAGUUUGUCAAAGGGCAGCUCUCUCAGGUGGGCCGACAGUUUUACAACACAGACAUUGAGGUGGAGAUUCUGUCUAAAGAGGAAACAGAGAAAAUGACAUAUGUGGUGUACAAGAUGAAUUUUGACAAUGCUGCAUUUAAGCACCGUAUGCCCCAGCAGAAAACAGCUCCAGGCUAUGAGAAACUGCCCAUGAAGCGAGGAAUCUUUUUUGACAUGUUCCCCUUCAGCGUGAUAUUCCGCAGAGACAUGACCAUGUAUCGUAUCGGAGAUGGUUUGAAAGAGGUGUUUUCUGAUCUGCAGGGCAAAAAGGUCAAUGAGGAGUUUACCCUGGUGCGACCCAUGCUGGAAUUUAGCUGGGAUAAUAUCUACACCCACCUCAACAAUGUGUUUGAACUGCUGUCUAAAGCUGUGGUAGAGAGCAAACAGAAGGUCAACAUCCCUAAACUCAGCAAAGAAGAACCAGAGGAGAAAGAGGAGAGUGAAAAACCCAAAAAGGAAGAGAGAGAUGUUAAAGUGAUGGAGGAAAUGAAGGGGACGGAUCAGGAAUACAGCAGCUCUCUGACUCAGUACAACAGCUCGGCUAAUUCUGGAGGAGAGGACAUCGAGCUGCUGGCUUUUCAGACUGUCACCGGCAAGUGCAGUGAAACCAUAUUUGAAGACAUGCGGGAGCCCCCUAAAAAGCCUCUCCACCUCAAGGGCCAGAUGAAGUAUGUCCCUCAGUGGGACUCCCUCAUCUUUCUAGGAACUCCCAUUAUUGAGACAGUGGAGGACAUGAUAAAAAUGGGUGUUUACGUCAAUGAUUUAAACCUGCACGACUCCAGCAGAGAGCUCAUCCUGGCAGGAACACAGCAAUCAGCCGAGCUGCAGCUGGCACUUGACCAGGAGCAGCAGAAGUAUGCACAGCUGCAGGAGAUCAUUAAAAAGCUGGAUGAGGAGAAGAAGAGAGGAGACUCCCUGCUGUACGCCAUGAUCCCCAAAGCAGUAGCGGACAGACUGCGCAAGGGAAUCACAGCUCUGGAGACAUGUCAGGUGUUCCCAGACGUGACCAUCCUGUUCAGUGAUGUAGUGAAGUUUAAUGAGAUUUGUAUCCACAUCACCCCCAUGCAGGUGGUGGACAUGCUAAAUGAGAUCUACAUCGUUUUUGACACACUCAGCGAGAAGCACAAUGUCUAUAAGGUGGAGACCAUUAGGGAUGCCUACAUGGUUGUGGCAGGUGUGCCCAAUAAGACCACAUUCCAUGCCCACCACAUCUGUGACAUGGCUCUAGACAUGUUGAGCUCCAUUGAUCACCUAAAAGACCCCUCCACCGGGGACAACAUCCAGAUCCGUGUCGGCAUUCACUCUGGAAUGGUGGUCGCAGGUGUGGUGGGUCUGAAGAUGCCCAGGUAUUGCCUGUUUGGAGACACAGGCAUGCAAAUCCACAUCAGUCAGACUACCAAAGACCAUCUGGAGCAUGAACCAUACAUCAUCGAGGAACGAGGAAAGAUUUUUGUUAAGGGUAAAGGUUAUAUGAAGACAUACUGGCUGAAGGGAAAGAGAGAUCUCUCAUUUAAGACCCCAGCAGAGCUCAGAUACAGCAAUGAGCAGAAAGACUCAGAAGACAGAAGCUCAAAUGGUUCCACGAGCACCAACAGCAAACAUUCCCCAUCAAACAUGAACACCCCCAAUGAGGAGCAGGCUGAGGGCAAACCCACUCCCACUGACUUGCCCCCUGACACCCUGCCAGCACUAGAGGCCGCUACAGACCCAAACACAUUCACCAAUGAGUCCCAGGACAAAGAAAAGGUUAAAAAGACAAAGAAUAGCAAAGGAGGGAAGGCAGAGAACGCUUCUGUUAAUGCGCAGGAAAGCACUCCCCCUGCUGGCAGCCAGGAGAAUGCAGCUCCAGAGCUAAACGACAAAAAGCACAGUUUCAGAAGCCAGUACUCAAGAUUACCAGCUAACCUCCCUAUGCGAAGCACAGCCUGCAAUCUGCUGUGAAU